GGCAUUUUCAAUUUAAGGAUUCCAUAUUGACAAAGUCAAAUCAAGUUUUUUUUUCCGAUAAUUUUAGAAAUGAUAUAUUGGAAAGCAAUUUAAAAAUUAUUAUGUACCCUAUUUUUGUAAAGAUCUUAUUUGAUUAUGCCAGUAAACAAUUCUUAAAAUAUUUUUCCAUCCAGGAUGGGUUAUGCAAUUGACUGCCAGACUCGCUGCCUUCUUCUGUCAAUUUUUUGCACUGCUUUAUUUGGUCUCUCUUUGGUCUUUCCACCGAUCAAUGCUCAACAAACUGAAAUAAAUUAUAAAAACUUCACAAAAAUACGGAAUGUCAUUAAAAAGAAUCGGAAGUCGCACCAGGAUUUCCUUAAAACCAGCAAUGAUGAGGGCCUUUCCAAAUAUGAAAAUUUAACAUCGGAACUGAACCUGCUUAAAAAAAGCUUGGAAGAAUUAAAAAAGAAUUCCGAUGAUCAAUAUCAAGAGUUCUUGAACUUCAAAAAGUGCAACAAAAUUAACGCAAAGUCAAGUUCUCUGACUACUCUACCAAAUGGUAAAAAAUACCUGUUUAAAACGGAGCGGUCAAACUGGACAGACGCACAAAAAUCAUGCAAGAAACUUGGGAUGAAUUUGGCCUCUACCAAAAAUCAAGAUGAUCUUAAUGAAUUGUGGAACUAUGGAAAAACGCAGAAUCAGCAUUGGUGGUGGUUAUCAGGCAGGGAUUACGGUUCCGGCGGGAUCCAUGAUUACCGAUGGAUCGACGGAACUGAAUUGCCUGAGAACAGCACUAUGUGGAGAUCAGGCGGCAAUGGAAAUGAGUGCGUUUACAUUUGGGCUCAGGAGCCUUAUACGAUCAAUGGCUGGGGUUGCCAUGACACUGAUGCAUACUUCAUUUGCGAAUAUCCACCAAAAUGCUACUGAUGAUGGUGAUAGUAAUUUUUUCUCUAAGAAGGCAAAGAUUAUUUAGAUUUUAUCACGCCAGAGCCACCAAAUUGUAUGCAUUAAUUUAGUGAAAGUACAAAAGGAAGAAAAUUUGGCAUGAACUAACAAUAAAAAAUAACUCAAAUUGCGCCACAAACGACACAAAUUGUGUCUCAACUCAGAUCGCCACCUGCAAAUUAUUGCACAAAUUCGCAAAACACGAAUGCAGAUUCUACUUAGAAUUUGCCAAAGUUCACACAUAAUUCACUGUGAUCUCGCGUUUGGUAAGUUUGCACUUUUGCGACUUGGUACAAUAAAAAGUUUUAAAAAAUUUACACGCCUCUUGAAGGUCAAAUGGCACUUGUUUGACUCAUAUUAACAUGAAACUUUUCGCAAAUUAUUCAAUCCAAAACAGUGCGUGUAUCUGAAGUAAAACUGAAAAAAGUUUGCUAAACAACUACUGUGUCAAUAAAUGAAUAUCAAAUAUCACACACUUUGGCAAAUUGGCGAACACCACUUUGCAAGAGGCAAUGAGGUUGAAAUAUUAUUCGACUCUGGUUGAGCUGUUUGAAAUGAUAAAAAUAUGUGUUUUUGAUUUGCAUCUCAUUAA